CCGCGGUCAUCCAUAUUGUUCACCAGAAAAAGUAUGGCUACUCACAGCAGACGAAUUCCUUCGACAUGUCCUAAAGCGAUAUUGUUUGAUUUGGACAACACGCUGAUCCCGACGCGCCGCGGGGACCAAGCGGCAUGUGACAAGGUGGGUGAAAUCCUGGUGCAGCAACAUGGAGUCCCUGAGAAUGUGGCCAGCCGCAUUGUCCAGAGUUUCCUCAUCAACUUUCGCUUGUGUCCAGCUCAACCAGAUGGAGGCCUUGAUGAAUGGCGGAUGAUGCUUUGGGCCCAUGCUCUUGGAGAUCAGUAUGCUGACAUUGUUGGAAACAUCUACCAACAAUGGUUGGCCCUACGCUGGCGCUUCCUUUCUCUACAACCCGAAGUCAAGCAGCUGCUGGUUCGGCUGCGAGAACGCUUUCUCCUCGCCAUUAUUACCAAUGGUCCUUCCAACCACCAGUGGGAGAAAAUUCACAACCUCAGCAUAGCUCCAUACUUCGACCAUAUUGUAGUAAGUGGAGAUUUACUUUGGGAGAAACCAGAUCACCGCAUAUUUUUGGAAGCCUGUGAAACUCUAGGUGUAAGACCUGUUGAUUGUCUAAUGAUUGGAGACAAGCUGGAGACAGAUAUAUUGGGUGGGCAUGAGGCUUCACUUGGUGCAACUGUUUGGGUUCCACUUUCGUCAGCUUCUUUAGAGAAUAAGCUUUUGAAUGGAAAUGAUAACUGUCGCCCUGAUCACACAAUCAAAAGUGUAUUGGAUCUUCCAUCAGUACUUUCUAAAGAUUCUGAGCCUCCUGCUUUCCUGAAAGCCAAACACAAUCCCAUCAAUCGCAUGUUGUCUCGUGUCAGUAUGUUUGACAUGGAGGAUACGAACAGUAAUGCCAGUGAUGGGAGUUAGUGACAUCAUGUCUUGAACGUAUGGCAUGUGCAAAACACUUUGACGUUUCAAUUCGCCAGAAUUAAAGAAAACAUUGAUUGAUAAAAAAUUGUUGCUAAGAUUGAGCAGAUAAAAUGUAACAUGUUUCUAUAUGCGGGCAUAUAGAUUUUACUUUGCAAGGUUAAUGUGUUUUGUUCUUUAUGGAAUAGAUUCUAGUUUUUUUUCCUGUCUUAGAUCUCUGGAUGCAGGUAGAGUCAUUCCAUUGCACACUACUUAAUACCAAGUAGAAUGUAUUGUUUUUUAUUUUGUAGUGAUGUUUUCUGACAGAGGUGCAUAUUUUACAAGCCUCAUAUUACCUCUCAUAUUGUUAAUUUGCUUCCUUUUUAGUGGUGUAGGUGGUGAUCGCAGUCAUAUCACCUUUAUUUAGUCAGUGUAAAUACAAUGAUUUGCUUAUUCAUUCAUUGGACAACAAUUUUACAUAUGGUCUUAACUGCAAAAUUUUGUUGUAAAUCAGUUUUGUUGGUAGUGAAACCUACAUUCAAUUAAUCUAUGAUGACGUCAGUGAUUAUUUCGCUGGGAAGAAAAAAAAGAAAAUGCCUUAUCUGAUCUGAAUUCACAAAUCUUAAGCACAAUACACAACGAAGUACUAUAUUUUUUAUGUGUUUGCAGUCUCUUCUGACCAAAGGUAUCAAAUGGUUGUAGGAUGUUUUAGUAGUGUAAGGAAAGCAUACUCUGAUCAUAUCUUUGUUGAUUCAUUUUUUUUUUUUUUCUCGUGGUUCAUUAAUCCUGUGAGUGUAUGAAAACUAGUCCAUCAUCCUCAUUUCUUUUUUUCAAAAUACUAUUUUUUUUUUUUUUAUCUUUGUCCAACCCCUUCAUUCACAACAUAUAUUAACUUGACGUGGGUCUUUGAGCUCAAAUAGGAAUAUUUCUAUCAUGCACUUUGUGCUGUAGUCCCCCCAAGCAAGUUUGCAAUUCAUUUCUACCCUAUUGCUGGUGAGUAGCCAGAAAAAUUUUCUGAGGAGCUUGAAUGUUUAGCUUUUUAUGAGGUUGAUACAGAGAGGGAGACCCUCUUAAUCUACUCCCGAAGUAGAUUGUUAAAGGGCAAUCACAAUCUCAUUCAGCUACGCGCAUAUGGUCAAUUGUAAAUGUACCUGACCCGAACUUUAGAUUGUUUUUGUCCUCAGCUGCACUCUGUAAGCCCCUUCUUGCUUUCCUUUCGUCCAUUCAUAUAAUUGUUACCAGAUGUGUGCCACUGCCACAUAUUCAGGCCAGUUUUGUUGUUGUACCUGUACAUGAAUGUGAUGGUUAAUACUGUGUACUUAAUUCUUUUUAUGUCUCAAUCCUAGUCAUGUAUUUGAUGUUGAUACGCUUAAAGUGACGUAUUUUUCAUUCCUUUACAUGAAUUUUUAAAAUCUAUUUUAUGUCUAAGCACUUAAGUAGUAGAAGCAGGAAGUCAAUUGACAAUGUCUGUUUAAAAAUACACUUUCCCCCUCCCCUUGUUUUUGCCAGUGUGGUUGUCCACAUGAGAUGUAUAUUUUAAACAUGAGUUGUGAGAUGUAGACUAUGGAUACUGCUCAUUUCAGAAUAAUUAUACCCUAAGUAAUGUAGAAAUUGAGGCUGUGCAUCAAGGGUCUUCAGAAUAUAAGUUUAGAAUAGUUCCAGUUCUUUUCUAUAUUGAUCAUUUUAUUUCUGCUUUGCAACAUUUUUGUUACACCUAGAGAGCAAGAAUAUUAACAUCAUUUUCCUUUUUCCCUUUUUUUAAAAAAAAGAAAGUGAAAAAAAGAGGGAAAAGCAUUGAAACAUUUGCUUUUUCUAUAUUAGGUUGUUGUUCUAAAAUUGUACAAAAUGAAUUUACACUUAGUGUUAUUAUAAUGACUUAUGUUUUCACUUUGUAUAUCAUGGGCAUCUCUGAACUGUGCUGAAAUCUUGUACUGUGUUUUGCGGUGAUAUAUGUCUUGUAUCUAACACAAUUUUUCGCUCUUCAGGAUUUUUUAUUUUUUUAUUUUAUUUUUUGGCCUAGUGCCCUUUAACUAUUAGAUCUGACUAUGUGUACGUAAAGAUCAACGAAACAAUGAAAAUGCUCUGUUUUAUGUAAGGUAUGAGUAAAACUAUUACUACGUAUCAUAUCAUUGACCGGAUUGCUCACUAAAACAAAAGAAAUCGACUAGCUUUAGUGAUUUUGGUGCCUGCUUUCCGUUAACACAUUAUUAUACCGUGAGAAACUGAAUGUACGCUUAUAAGUUGUUGAUUGAUAUUAUUAAGACAUUAUUUUUUCAAGUUUCAGUCUAAUGUUUCAAUUUUAUCUUCUAUGAACUUUUCAAAGCUGGCGACUGAAUUUUGCUUUCAAUUUAAAAUGUCAGCCAUUUGUCAAGAAUUCUAUUUCAUAUUUUUCUAUUUUCAUUGUUUAUUAUAUGAGAAUUCUUAUUGAGCUAUGCUGCAAGUUACUUUGGUAGCUAACACCAUUGCUCCCUGUUGUUUCAUUUUAAGGUCACAAUCCAUUUGAAUCUGCUGUAAUACCCUUGAUUUAUAUAGCUGUAGUGACCAUCUGUAGCAGUAUUAUGACAAUCAUAAAAUUGUUUUCACAUGGAAGUGCAAGUAUAGUAUUGCUGCUAAUACUUAUCCAGUUAGGUAUGACAUGUUUCACAGGACUCUUUGUAAUUUCAUGCCUUGCUAACUUAGCUAACAGACUUUCCUGUAUGUCUAUGUGCUUAUCAUUCUUUCUAAAUGUAGGAAAAUUAAAAUCUUUUCAAGCAUUAUUAGAAGUGGAAUAAUUGGAUUUGUGCAAUCAAAUUCGAGAAGUCAGCUGGCAUGUAGAUACAUCUCUAUCGUCAAGUUAACUUUUCUUUCAGUCUGUGUUUAAAGCUUUUUAUGAAUGUUACUUAGUACAGAGUGGAACUGAAAUAAAGAAAUUUUCUUCGUGGAGUGUUGAGGUGGAAUAGGAAAGCAAUGCUGUGUCCUGGAACUGAUUUGGACUGUUUAGAUGUGAUAUAGAGGUAUUGUUUUGAGUAGUGAUGAUUGUCUCUCUUUUGUGGGCUGCAACUCACAAAGCAUUUGCCUACAAAAUAUCCAUGCAUUACAAUAAUCUAAUCUAACAUGAGGUUGUUUUUUGUUUUUAUUAUCUUGAACCUUGCAGUUGUAAGAAUUUGCCAUUUUGAAAGCGUAUUUCUUUGAGCUUUGGGUGUAGAUUAUAGCUUUAGAAUGAAUAAAAUGUAUUUGCAAUAGAGAA